AUGAGCGACUCGCUCCGCCCCGGCCUGCAGCCGAUAUUCCAUCUCAAGGCUGGGCCGACAACCUCCAGCUCCAGAUCCACCGCGUUGCCUUCCCCGACAGCACUCCAACCCCCUUCGCGUCCUUCCUCUCGACUGCGUACACCAAAAGCCUCUAGCAAGGAUGACCUGGACUCAGCCAGCGACAAGGCUACCACUGCCUUAAUCAGACGCGUACUGUGUCCCCAGACGAGCAGCUAUGGUGCAUCUUCCCCACCGCCUCCGGAAGAGCUGUUACCUCCCCUCACGAGCUCCAAUGACGUUGAUCGUCAACUUUACGCCCUGCUUGCCAUUAUAAUAAAGGAAUUUAUCUACUCGUGGUACUCGAAAAUUACCCCUGAUCAGGCGCUUGUGAAUGAAGUACUACAAGUAAUCGCGCAUUGCACGCGUGCACUCGAGCAGAGGCUGCGCCAAAUCGAUGUUGCACAAUUAGCCCUUGACGAGAUCCCUGGCCUGGUGGAAGCACAUGUACUCUCGUACAGACUGGCCAGGCAACAGUCACAUCUUUCUGGUCUACCAACGUCGUACCGUGCGCUUUAUCAUGAGCUCAAUCCACAUCCCAGCCUUUCCCCGGUACCUGAGACAGCGGAUCCAGCCACAAUAGUCGAGCAGAGCGAGAGUGAAACCAUUUAUCGACGGCUCCUGGCUAACGGUAUACUAGCAGUUCUUCUUCCGACUGAAGAUCUCGAGAAUAGCAGUCUCAGGGCAUUGGUGGUCGAUAUCAUAGCAGAUCUGAUUCUGGGAAACCAAGUCAGUGGGAGAGCAUGCGAAGGGUGGUUCAUUUGGGAAACUAUAGGCAAACUCGCCGCUCAAGUGGGACGCCGUCAAACCCAAGAUGACACAAAAUCCGCCCCGGACUCUGAUGUAAACCGAUUGGAAAAGUUCGGCUUGCUUUCGACCGAGGAUGAGCUCCCAGACCAGCAAUCAGCAUCAUCCUCAGCCACCGCUUGGAUAUGGAACGUUCUGCAAAGCAUCUAUCUUGGUUAUGUCGCUUUACGUUUCAUUGCCAUGGGCAUAUUUCGUGUCGCAUCGAGUCCAGAUCCUUCCUCGCACAGUGUCGGUGUUUCACUUGCUCUACCCAUCAUUCAGAAAAGAGAUGGAUCCAAGGCGUCAGAUGGCGUCACAAGGAGACGCCCAGUCCUCGACUACCGGGUGUAUUCCAUGGUCUCUCGGAUAUUAGGAAUACCCUCGAGAAUGCCAUGGCUGAGUGGAUCACUCGCUCUGUUUCAACACCUGAUUCUGGCAGGCCCAGGCAGGGUCGGUGCCACGGAUGGAAUCUUUGAUAGAUUCCUUCGGGAAACCAUUGAGGAGUACGUGCUGACCCCCACUUUGUUGCCCAACCUUCUUCUUGCGACAAGGACCACCUUGUUCCCAGCCAAUGCCCGUCCAAUAUCUUUACCGGCCGGGCAUGUUGGAGCUCCGGCCUCGGCUCCACAAUCCGUACAGACCCCGACGCCCAGUCAGAGAGCACCAUUCGCGGCCUCACCUGGCCCUCCUAUUGCGGAAGGAGCCUGUGAUCUUCCAAUCGAGACCGUUGGCAAAACCAAUAAUCCGGGGAAUAGCAGCAACAGUCAUAAUGGCGGUGUAUCAACCUCAACCGCCACAGGCCCUCCAUCGUAUUCAUCCAUCGCAGGCGAUGUCCCAACAUCGAUAAACGAACCGGCCGAAGCGGAGAAAACGACCCCAUCUGAGACGGAGAUCGCCGCUAUCAAGCGGCGAUGUGCAGCUAGUCUCCUGGCCGUGAUCCCGCGGUCUGUCGCACGAACUUUUCUUGGUGUCCCCUCGUCGGCGCCUCCGUCGCCCUAUAAUGGUGAUGGUACCUGCAGCUCCAACACUUCGCCCUCCCUCGCUCCAUCCCCAUCCCCUUCGCUCGGAAGUCCUCGUGGAUCUUCCUCGGAGAGGGCGAAUGCAGCGUCACGUUCGUCUUCUUCGAUAUCCCGUCUUGCGGGCGAGUGUGUUGCCGCUGAGCGGCUGCGCACAGACGAUCCAUCUGCGGGGAUGGAUCUGGAAGAACUGUAUCUCUUGGAAACCAUCGAGAAUGAUUUCCUGGACCUUUUUGCGGAUGCGUACUGCAAUAAGCAUCUAAUCUACGCGAUCAUCGAAACCGUACUGGCCAAGGUGCUUCCGGAAAUGGCUGAGCGCAGUGUUGAGGAUCUACUGGAGGAUCGUGGGGUGACAUCAGUACCACCGACAACUUAG